CUAAUAUAUCCAAACAGAGGGAGUACUGUAGUAAAAAGAAGAGUGCACUUGCUAGAUCACACUGAAUUUUAUCAAGAAGUCAUGGCUGGAACACAAGAAGCAGAGGUGUUACUGUCAAAGCGAGUCCAAGAAAUGGUCUUAGAUGGUGAGGAGCCACCAGCACUUUACAUAUGCAGACAUGGUGAAGAUACUGAUGAUUAUUCCACGGUAUCUCAGAUUCCGGUUAUCGAUUUAAGCCUUGUGUCACCUUCUGCAGCAUCAACAGAUAUAAGCAUUGAGGAACUGCAAAAACUCAGAUCAGCUUUGUCGUCUUGGGGAUGCUUUCAGGCAAUAGGUCAUGGGAUUUCAAGUUCAUUCCUUCAUGAGAUGAGGAAGGUCGCGAAAGAGUUCUUUAAGCAGCCAGUGGCGGAGAAGAAAAAGAUAGCCAAAACUGUUGAAGAAUUCGAAGGGUAUGGUGCAGACCCUGUCCCUGAAGAAGGACAGCCUCUUGAUUGGUCGGAUCGUCUUGUUCUUGAAGUACACCCUCCAGAUAACAAGAACUACAACUUGUGGCCAGAAAAGCCAGAAUCAUUCAGAGAAAUUUUAGAGGACUAUACCAAGAAAAUUAAAAUGGUAGCAGAAGUCACAUCUGAAGUCUUUGCAAAGUCACUGAAUCUUGAUCAUAACUGUUUUCUGGAUGAGUUAGGUGAUCAGGCAACAAUAACCGCGAGGUUUAAUUACUAUUCUUGUUGUCAGAGGCCUGAUCUUGUUCUCGGCCUUAAACCACACUCGGAUGUUUCAGCUUUCACCAUGAUUCUGCAAGAUGAAUCAGGUCUUCAAAUCCGUAAAGAUGACAAAUGGUUUACAGUUCCAAAAAAUCCUGAUGCUCUUAUAUUCAUCUUAGGGGAUUACAUGGAGAUAAUGACGAAUGGAAUAUUCAAGAGUCCGGUGCAUAGAGUACUGAGUAACUUACAGACGGAGAGGAUUUCUAUUGCCAUGUUUUACAAUCCUCCAGAAGAUAUAGAAAUUGGACCACGAGAUGAUUUGGUCAAUGAGGAAAACCCGAGGUUAUUCAAGAACGUCAAAGGUUAUGUUACAACAUACUUUCAAUAUUACCAGAAGGGGCAGAGAGCAAUUCAUACAGCACAAGUCUGAUUAUACUAGAGGAUCUUCUUUGAUGUAGUCAUAUGUUGCAAUGUGGUUUGCUUUAGUAUGUUUUUCUUUAGUAUGUUUUUCUUCCUUAUGCAUUAGUUUUCGUUCAAUGUAAUAAGGUGCAUGUACCUAUCUCUUUCAUGAGCAAAUUUGCAAUUUACAUAUCCAGUCUGGAAAAACCGCUUUUCUUUUGAGUA